CACGAGCGUGAGCGUCAUCUGUCCUUGUUUAAUAUCUGAUAAAUAACAAGGAUGAAGAAAUUCGCGACAGAGAGAAUCAAGAGAGAGUGGAAGUAGGAAAUGUUUUCUGCUCUGAUUGGUUCUGCUAUUUUCAGAGGGCAACUGCCGCAAAUGUGCAUACAUUUGUAUGUGUGUGUCAACAGUCCGCAAUCGUGGACAAGGAUCUUAGAAAACGCUAUAAUGUAUGGCAUACUCGCUGCUCGAUCUAUCUAUAAUGUGUUAGUUUAUGUCAUCAACACGAAGUAACCUUAAAUUUCUUGCAACCUGGAACAUAUAUUUCUUGCUCUAUAGUUAUGUAUUGAUUUUGUUUUUAUAUUUAAAAUAUAUGUGAUACAAACUAUAUUUUGUAGAUCAAGAAAUUCUAUAAAUUGUUACAAUGGCGUUGUCAAGGGAACUGUUAAAGCGGUUAAACUCGGAUGACUAUCCUUUGGCGAAGCGAUUAAAGUUAGCGGAAACUGCGUUUUGCGCAGUCGAUCUGCCACUCGUUCGGAAAGAGGACUUGCUUCUGGAGUGGCUGUGCAAAACUUGUGCCAUGAAUCAACACGCUUGGAAAACUUUGAAUAAUUGUUUGAAGUUUGACCAUAUCAAUAUUAGAGCCAAUGUAAAACAAUCCUUGGUCGAUGUGCUUGUACAAAUAUUGGAGACCGAUAUGGAAAACAUGUAUGAGGAGAUCCUUGAAUGCUGCACUUUGCUUCUUGCUAACAACAGUAUGCGGCAAUAUUUUACAAACAAACCAAUGAGUCUGGGUUUAUUAAUAAAAACCCUGUUAAAUAACACGUUGAAACGUUCCGGCUUUGGUCGUGCAACACAGGAAGAAUUCAGUCAACUGUUUGAGCCGUGUAAAUUGUCGCUUGCAGAAAAUAAUGCUGUAAUAAACGUUAUUGACAGUCUGAUGCAAAUAUAUAAACAGAUGAUCACCACAAGAGACGAAUUGAGAUCAAUUUUCAUACAGGAUAUUUUAUAUCCCAUGUGCACUUUGGUCGAUCACACGUGUACAGAUAACACAAAUCGGCUUGGUAUAGCAGCAUACAAGUGCAUCCAACAGUUGUUGCUAGGAAAGAGCAGAUCUGUGCAAAAUAAGGAGACUGACGGAAGCAGCCAGCCAAUGUUCCCAGACUUAUUUUGCGUGUUAUCUGAGCACGUAAAGACGUCGGAUCUUCAGAGUAAUCUUCUAACUUAUCAGUUUAUUUUCCGUGCCGUAAUAGGUACUUACAAAUCCGAUGCUCUUUUGCUGGAUGCAUUCUUCAGAAAUCUAAUUAAUUUCUCGGGAAAGUACAAAUGGGAAAUCUUGGACUCUAUCCUCAAACUACUGAAUGACCUGACGCUCGAUUUUGAUAAUGCCAUAGACGGCGUCACGUUGACCGAGUAUUUUCAGAAUCUCAUAAAUGAGAUUUUGACGUACGACGAUGUGACAUGUGUGCAUUGCAGAGUGCUUACGCAACUUUCGUACAUCAAUCCGCUUUUGAUAGAGAAAAAUACCUCGGUUAUUUUAAAUAAGAUACUCAUGAAAGGGCAAACUGUCGAUCACACGAACCUGUUAAUUGCAGUUCUGUACUCCAGCACGAAAUUGAGACGAGAGCAAAAGUUCAUCUCGCAAUUAUUAAUAUCGUUGAAGCAGCACGCUGCAACAGAAAGGACGUACAAAGCGAACAACACGUCUGCAAUUUUUCCAGAUGAAUUUAAAAUCAAGCUCUUGAUAACGAUUAAUAAUUUUUCCAGUUUACAAACUAUUGCAACUCUAAGGACAUUAACGCAUCAUUUAAAUACAGAUUGUGCAGAAUUGUUGCAGUCUAAUACUUCGUGUAGAAAUAUAUUGAUAUUAAAGGCGACGGUAGAAUUACUCAUUAUACUUUUCGAGGGCAUGCAGAUUUUCGAAUAUACCAGAAUAUUAUCCGCUCACGAGAAAUUUGUCGAUGGCUUCAGUGAAGUAGGGAAUGCAUUGUCGCUGUUGAUGAACGAGGCAUUGUGUUUAAGUCAUAACAAAACUGUUACCAUAAUACUGCUAAAUGCGGUGCAGUCGUUGAGCGAAAUACAGAAUAUGUUUAAGUAUUAUGUUCUGAAAGAUGCUGCGCCAAAGAUACUACCAUUUCCGAUUCUGGAUGAUCCUUGGCAACAAUUAAUUCAAAGGAUUACCAACUUUGGAGAAGACAAUUGCAAGAAUAUCAUGAAUAAACUUAUUUUACAUCGACUAAAGUUAGAUAUAUCACAUAAACCUAUUAAGCUUCAUGGUUUAAUAGGUAGCCUUGAGUAUUCCUGGAGUACUAUUUUGAAACAUGACACGGAUAUGCUUGCCUUACUACAUGAAAAAGAGAUAUCGAAAGUGGCAUGUUUAUUGUUGGCUGAUGUAACAACGAGCGAACAGAAUUUUCAUAAAUGGCGUGACAUAUUAGAUAAAGAAUGUCUUCAAGAAAACAGGCGCUUUGUUAUGUGCCUUCUAAGCCAUAUUCUUGUCCAAAUUGGACAAAGUUUUUCACUAACUAUUACCGACCAUGUUAACGUUAAGCUGUUGAUGGAGAACGGACAUAAUGAUAAAUUGUUAGAAGUCUUAGAAAUUCUAAAAGAACAGAUAUUGCAGGAACAAUGGAUGCAAUUGACAGAUACAAUUUCUCUUAAAAUUGAAUUAUAUUUAGAAGUGUUUCUUCAUUUGCCGAUGAUAUAUUUCAGCCCCAAUAUAAGAAUGUUAAUAUUCUUGAUCGUAUUUUUCAUUAGUAAGAAAUAUGAAAAAAGUGACAAAGUAUCUGCGUUAUGCAACAUGAUAUUUUCAGAUCUAUUAGAGAAAACCGGAAUCGACGUAUUGCAGUAUAUAGAACCAAAAAUGUUGGUAAACCAAUUAUCGCAAAAUAAAGCGUUUUCGAAAGCCUGCGAGUUCUCUCUUAGGAACGUGAAAACGUAUGCCACUUUAAAGAGUCUCGUGAAAAGUUGCGCUCAAUGCAAGGAAGCUAUGUGCAUUAUUUUGGGAUGCAUGGAUGUUGUCAAACCGAAAUUGAAUGCCGAACAAAAAGUCAUUUUCAGAAAGGCAGAGAAAAAGUUAGCCAAAGCCAUUUUAAAAGUAUUGCCUGACGAUAUAAACGACGCUUUCGAUGCAAAAUGUUUAACAGCAGUGUUAAAAGUAACUGCUCAAACUGGAAAAGUUACUGACACUUUGAAACGAUUAACUGAAUCAACUCUCAAAAAUAUAUUCGCGGCACGAGAAAAUUCAAGUCAUAUAAAUAACAGUGAAUUGUCGCAACAAGGUGUACAAUUGUCUGUUAUCGUAUUGCAACAUCGUAAAAUAUUCGAAGUCGAAGAUACGAUCAUCAGAAACUUAUGGUUCAUAAUGCUGAAGCAUCCUUGCAAGAGUGUGAUCGAACUUUUAUUAGCCUCUACCGGAUUAAACGAAUUUUACGAGCUUUUAAGAUUGUUGCACGAUCAGACGAUCAGUAGCUUGUCACAAAAAGAUGAAGCGGCAUGGACAAAUCUGUUUGUCAUUUGGAGCAGUGUAAUGAGAACGGACAUGAACGUUAAACGUAAUAAAGUGCGUUUGAAUGCGAUCAACAAUCUGUUGAAAAUUGUAUUAACGCUGGAUAUUCCACGCGGAUACUGGUCAGGGCUGUUGCGUUUGUCUCGCGAUAUAAGCAGUGCCAAACAUUUAAUUAUUCCCGACAUUACGGUCGAUCUUAUUACACUGAUCAGUUUGAAGUCGCUCGGCCAAGCGAACGUAUCGUCGUGCGAAGAUGUGCUCGCUAUAUGCAGAACACUGAUAAAAGCCAAAACGGACUUGAUAAUAGACAGAUUGCCCAAUUUAUUGCAAUUGUACAGACACAUAGUUAAGAUCGUUGUCCAUUCAUCGAAAAAUGUAGCCGAUAAAUUCGACGAGCAUCGAUUUAGGUGUUUCGCGCUCGAUAUCACCAAAUUUACAAGCAUGCUGGUGAAAUUGAAGAAGGAUAUGAUCCGACUGAGUCCCUACGUGAUCGCCGAUCUCUUGCAGUUGGUUGUGGAAGGCACUGUACCAUCUUACGUUAAGAUGGCUUUGAACGAAUCUCUGUGUCAAUUAAUUAGCAUCUGUGAUCAGCAUGGACUCGCCUUUCUAUCUCGCACACUGCCAGAAUCACUGCAGGAGAUCUUCAAAGUACAGUUGAAUACAUUCAAAAAGUUUUAUAAAUACUCGGGCAAGAUUUAAGUUAAUCUCUCUUGAUUGAGAUCUAAGAAGCUUAUCUGGAAGGUAAAAUUAAAAGGACAGAGGAAUAUAUUCUGUAUAAAUUUAGUUAUAUAAUUAAUUAUAUAUAAUAUGUUCUGGAUAAAAAUACAUGUUUAUAUAAAAAAAAUGUUUUAACAAAUGUUACAGAUAUGUCCCCUACAGUUCAAACGAUAUGUAAUUAUAUAAUAACAAUUUAGAAUUGAUGAAAUGAAAAAAAUUUUAAUAUAUAAUAUAU